ACAUAGCCAAGAUGGCAAUCUGCUUCCCAGCCCAUCCACCAGGACAAAGGAGGCCAGAACAAGGCUAUCCUGUCAAAUAUUAUGAAAUUUCCACUGACUAUUACACCAAUCUGCUCAAAUUGCCAGUGAUAUGUGCAAGCACGUACAUAGAUACUUGACUUGAUGCACAGAAGUCCCACUGAUUUCAGUAGACUUACUCAGUAUGUCUACACAGCAAGAUGACAUCCCCAAGUGGUAAGUGUCAGUAGACUAAAGCUUGUGGGGCUUGGGCAGUGGGGCUGUUUUACUGUUGUGUAAUACAGAUGUUUGGGCUCUAGAAUCAUGCAUGGCAGGAAGGUUCCAGAACUGAAGCUCCAGCAAUGAAAUAGCCGGGUAGCUCAAGCCUGAGUCAGAUACUAUAGGCCAGCCAUGGGUUUUACUUUGCUGUAUAGACACACCCUCACUUAGACAAAUUUCAUCACUUGUGUAAGCCCUUGCAGAACUGUGGCUGAGAUGAGCAUAAUAGAAACACUUAAAAAUAAUGCGACAUGGCAACUAAAAAGCCUAAUUCAGUUGCAUAGUAAAGAAGCUUCUCAUGGAGCAGUAUGUCUCAAUUUGACUGUAGUGUAAUAACCUCUGGAAUAUUUCAUUUAGAUCUUCUCCAGUUACACUUGUAACACAGAUAGACCCUAAAACACAUUUUCUUAAAAUCUGGUUUACACAGGUUGUCCCCAUUGACAAUAGCUGGGCAAUUAUAAUUCAGGCCAAUCUGUAGCUAUACGAUUAUGCCACCAUUGAAUUUGAAAAGAUGUGGUCAAAUUUGGUUGUUUUUCUAACAAAAAAAUGGCCAAAGAUAAUUAGGGAACUGCAGGAGGAUACCUAACUUGAUCCUAAAAACAACUAAAAUGGGCAUGGGUGAACAUCUGUAAAUACUGAAAGGGUGCAGGAGUUGUAUGACUAGGAUGGUAAAAGGAAGAGUAAUUAGGAGUAAAGUCUUCCUGACAGUCGAGUCCAGAGUCGUAAAGGUAUUUGUGCAUUGCUGCACUGAGCAUUGCAAUACCUAAUAGAUAUAAAAGCCCAAAUAUCAUGUCCAAAAGGCAUUUAGGCAUUUAGGAAUCUAAAUCCCAUUUGUUUUUUAUGGAAUUUUGAUACUAAGUGCCUAAAUCCCCUUUGAAAAUGAUAUAUAGGCUUCUGAAUGAGUUAGGUAUCUUGAGGCUAAAAACAGCAAUCUGGGCCUAACGCAGGUUGGGGGAAUAGGUUACCACAGAAAGUGAUGAAAGUCUCAUCAGUAGAAUCUUUAAUAAGCGACUGGACAAAAUGAAGGGAAACUAUCCUGCAUUAUCAGUGAGUUGAGCUGGUUGCUAGAAGAGGUGUUUCUAUGAUUCCAAGUAGAGCUGUCCACUUCCAGGUUUUUGAAGGCAUGAAUCCAGCUCUGAACUGAGAUCUGUGCUGGCCCCAUUUCUCAGUCUAGAGUAAGAAACUGAUGGUGAAUGUUUUCUGCAAAAUGCAAUUUUAAAACUUUUUGAAUUAAGCCAGAAUAAUCAGAGUAAAGUGUUGUACGUAAGCUGAAUAUUCUUUAACAAACUGAAAGCACACGCUUCCUAGGUGUUUCUUUGUAGAGUCUGUCACCCUUUCUGACCCCUUGAAUGAUGGGGCUUUAAGGCUUUUUGUGAUUUUUAAAUGAAACAAUAAUCGUGGCUAUCUUCUGUAUCCAUGUGGUAGUCUCUUAAGCACAAAAUAAAUCAGGCCUUUGAAAUCUCUGGCAGUAAGCCUCUCUGCUUGGUCCUUAAUAGCUGAUUCCUACACAUGGCUCUGACCCGUUGAAGUAUAACCAGGACAAUGUGGUGGAACAGGCAGAGUUAAAACUGCAAACCUUGCCUGCCCUGAUGGUUUAGUGGCUAUGGAGGAGGCAACAUUGCUUCCAUGCGGGAGGCCCAGGGCUUGGGAGCUGGCUCCUGGGGCUGGGGGCCCCUCAGAGGGAACACUGCUCUGCUCAGAGGAAAGUGCAGCUUUCACCGCCUGCCCCCCUCCCUCUCACAGCUGCUGCCUGGGGGAACUGGCCUUGCAGCCUUGGUGCAAGAGGCCGCCUUCCUUCCAAGCCACAAGGGUGACUGCAGCUGCGUGUGCUCAAUACGACGAUUUACCCCAUUACGGUGGGAUGGAUGGAGUAGGGAUCCCCACCACCAUGUAUGGGGAUCCUCACGCCGCCAGAUCCAUGCAGCCUGUUCACCAUCUCAAUCACGGUCCUCCGUUACAUUCUCAUCAGUACCCGCACACUACUCACACCAACGCCAUGCCUCCCAGCAUGGGCUCCUCUGUCAAUGACGCUUUAAAGAGAGAUAAAGAUGCCAUUUAUGGACACCCCCUGUUCCCUCUUUUAGCACUGAUCUUUGAGAAAUGUGAAUUAGCUACGUGCACUCCCCGGGAGCCCGGGGUAGCAGGAGGCGAUGUUUGCUCCUCAGAGUCUUUCAAUGAAGACAUAGCAGUGUUCGCCAAACAGAUCCGAGCAGAAAAACCCCUA